GAGGAUAUACUUUUAAAUCGGAUAUUUAUAGUAUUGCAAUGCUUAUGUGGGAAAUUUCAUUUGGACAACCACCAUUUAUGAAUUAUGAACAUGAUUGUAUUCUUGCAUUUAAUAUUAUUGAUGGUAUAAGACCAAAAAUUAUAUCAGAAAUUCCUUCAGAAUAUAAAAGUUUAAUGGAACAAUGCUGGGAUGCUAAUCCAUUAAAAAGACCUGACACUGAUACACUUUGGGAAAAAAUAAGUGAAAUUAAAACAUAUUAUCAAAACAAUCUAAAUGAAUUACCUCAAUUAAUAGCAAAAGUAGAUAAAGAAAAAAUUAAUAGUAUGAGUAGUAAAUUAUUUACAAGUAAGAUUUAUGAAUUUGAAAACCUACCUGAACCAAAAAAUGCGACAGAAGCUAGUAAUCUUAGUAAAUCGAGUAAUCAAUAUAUGCCAAUUAGUUCCAAUGAUAAUGAUAGUAAAGAAUCACCCAGAUUAUCGAAAAAAUUAAAAAUAGAGAAUGAUGUCCAAAAUGACUAUGAGAGAGAAAUAAUGCAACAACAAUCAAAUAUUGGUAUUAAUGAUGAAGCACAAAGUAAUCCAAAUCUUCAUUCAGAAGAAAAAGAUAAAUCAGAAAUUCUCGAUGGACUUUUCAAUUAUUAA